AUGGUUAAAAACUGUAACGAUUUAUCCCCAGACGAGAAAAAUAAGUUAGUAAACCUAUUCUUCAUCACUUCAGGAUGCAUGCUAGUAUGGACUUCACCAGUGCUUCCCAAACUGCAAUCCAACGAUACCUCAAUCAACCCUCUGGAGAAACCGAUGAGUUUGCUUCAAAUUUCAAUAAUGACAUCGAUUAAUCCUUUAGGAUCUGCACUUGGAACGAUACUAACAGGAAAAAUUCCAGAUUUGAUAGGACGAAAACGGACUAUACAAUACUUGUGUUUAAUUUUAUUUACAGCUUUCUUCGGUCUUUUCUUUGCCAAUGAAGUAUACUUAUUUUAUAUUUGUUUAACGAUAAUAUCAACUGUGGUAUCGGCUGGGUGCAUCGUAGUGCCAAUAUAUACAGCUGAAAUUGCUGAAGAUCAUAACAGAGGAACUCUAGGAUACUUUCUUUCCACAGCAUCAGUAUUAGGACAACUUUACGCAUUUACGAUAGGAUCAGUUACUAACGUAAACCUGUUUUCCUUGCUGUGUGGAGCACCUAUAAUACUUUUGUAUAUAUUUUCAUAUUUUAUACCUGAAUCACCAGUAUAUUUACUGUUAAAAGGCAAUAAGGAUAAAGCAAUUAAAGAACUAAAGAAAUUAGGGAAGUUUACAGAUAUUGAUAGUUUAGAGCUGAUAGCUUCUGAAAAACAUAAAAUACUUAAACAAAGUAAUGAUAGGUCAGUUGUUGCAAAAAACACUAGUAUAAAGAAAAAAUCUGUAAAAAGAGCAAUAAUACUUUCCAUUGCUGUAAUUAGUAUUCAGAAUUUAGCAGGAAUGCAUAUAGUAUUGGCCUUUUUAGGAACCCUACUUAAUGACGUGACUACCAGCUUAUCUGGUAAUACUUUAGCAAUAAUAGUAAUAGUAUUUAAACUUAUUUCAAAUUUGCUGGGCCUAAACAUUAUAGAUAAUAUAGGCAGGAGAUUUUUACUGCUUUUAGCUAUUAUUAUUUGUGGCAUUUCUAUGUUUCUACUCGGUAUUUUUUUCUACUUUAAAGAAAACCACUACAUUUUAUCCCAACCUAUUAAACUAUUACCCGUACUAUUUUUCAUAAUUUUUGUUAUCAUGUAUACGUUGGGUCUUACUUCUCUACCUUUUAUAUUAAGAACAGAAUUACUUCCCAACGAGAUACGAUCUCUUGGAUGUAGUAUUGCCCAACUGGUUGGUAAUUUACUAAUGUUUGCAACAGCCUUUGUCUAUCCAAUGGUAGCCGAAUAUCUGGGUGUACACUAUUGUAUGUUUACAUUGAGUUUUUUCUGCUUUAGCGGUUUUAUAGGAUUAUAUUUAUACCUACCAGAAACAAAAGGAAAAAGUUUCCUAGAAAUAGAGAAUAUCCUUAGUAGAUGA